GCUGUAUAAAGCCACUUUGCUUCAACGGGGGCCGCUGCCAGCAAGCCUUGUACUCGCCCAACUUUUUCAUUUGCUUCUGCCCUCCAGGCUUCACGGGGAAGUACUGUGAAAUUGAUACCAGAGCUCUGUGUUACCAAGAUAUAGGACACACAUACAGGGGGACAUGGAGCACAACGGAGAGCGGGGCUGAGUGCGUGAACUGGAAGAUCAACGCCUUGACCUCCAAGCAGUUCCAUGCAGGGCGUCCAGAUGCCCUGAAGUUGGGGCUGGGUGAUCACAACUAUUGCCGGUAAGAGGGGGCGAACCCAGCAA